AUGAGGAAACAUAAGAAUGAUGCACGACGCAGUUUGCUGCAGCCGACGGGCACCGUGGCCAUCACAUUCGCUUCUAAUGUUUUGCCGGACCACGUCGAUCUUCAUGGUUGGCGUUUCGUUGUAAAUCAGUAUAUUCCACCAGUGAAGCAGUGCUACAAUUGUCUGAGGUAUGGUCACUUAGCAAAGUAUUGUAAAAAUUCGGUCAAUGCUCAAUUUGUACUGAAAAUUACAGCUACAAAGAUUGCCAAGUCUCUUCAGAUAAAGCGAUAUGCAUACAUUGCAAAGGAAACCAUCUAUGCAUUUCUGGACAGUGUCCUGUUAAGAAACAAAAGAUAA